AUUAUUAUCGUCCCGGCGGCGGCAUCGCUCGCCCGUCUCACUCGUGCAUACGUUUUCAAAGAGCCCGCAUUACGAACACUAUGCUCAACAGAGCACAUCAUUGUUCCUGAGGAGACGACGGGCAAGCUGUAUCGUUGUAAAAUGCUGUUACUGAAAAAUGCCGACGUUUACUUGUUGCCUCUGUGCGCGUUGCUCGUCGUCGGUCUUCGCGCGACUGCAGCAGGUCAACUGGUACGGGUUAAACUUGAAAAAGACGCAAAACGGGUGAUCACAACAACUAAUGAUCAACGCGUAUGCUCACAUGACACAGAAUGUGUUUCGGGGUUCGAAUAUUGUGACAUAAAUUUGGGGCCAGAAAAGCGAAGAAAAUGUGGUUUGGGGAAUGAAUUAUCGGGGAGUUUUUGCUGCCCUGUUGAUAAAGUUAUUCAUCCAAAAAGAGAAAGAAGAAAGACUGUUGACGAUGAUGAAUCAGACUUAGAUAAAGUUCUAGAUCGAGCAGCACCAGAGCCUAUUAAACCAUUACCAGAAGAACCGGAAUGUGGUCAAAACACUAAGUCAAUAUCCAAAAUUAUGAAUGUGCAAAAUGCUAAAGCCAGUGAUUGGCCAUGGAUGGCUGUGUUUUUAGAAACGACAAACUAUAUGAAUUUCUGUGGUGGAGUAUUGCUUAAUCGACGAUUUGUGUUGACUGCUGCUCAUUGUUUUAAAAAAUAUACGAAACAAGAUUUUGUUGUUAGACUCGGCGAAUACGAUUUCACUACUAACAACGAGACACAAUACAUUGACUACAGAGUAACAGAUAUUAGAAUACACCCAGACUAUGAUCUGGCUACACACGCUAAUGAUAUUGCCAUAUUGAAGUUGAAAAGAUCUACAAUUUACAAUUCGUUUAUUCGACCAAUUUGUUUACCUAAAACAAAUAUGGAAGUGUAUGAAAAAAAUGCCGUCGUAGCUGGUUGGGGCCAAACAGUGUUUGGCGGUGAAGUCAGUAACGUUCUCCAAGAAGUUGCAAUACCGAUAUGGCUGCAUGACCAGUGCGUUUCAGCUUUUUCACAACCAAUUUUCAAAACAA